GCAAUUUUUUUGGACAAUGUCACCUACAGAUUGUACAUCAAGGGUUUGGUUUGUGAUGAGACGAAGGCUGCUGGAUUUGGAGUUGCGAUUUGCGAUGAGAUGGAUAAUUUGUUGUAUGAGAUUAAGGAAUCACUUAGGGACUCUGAUAUUAGCCGCACAGCUGUAGAGGUCAUGGCACUGAUUCGUGGGUUAAGUGAAUCCUUCGACUUGGGGAUUAGAAACGUCGUGACUUAUUGCGAUGACUAUUGGAUUUACCAAUCAUUAAUUGGUAGAGGGGAGCCUAAGAAUAUUGAUCAUCUUAUGGAAGAAGCUCAAAGCAUUCUAGAAAACAUGUCAUGUAGUGACGCUGAGUUGAUUGCCCUGGACGAUGUUAAGUUUGCUUUUAGACUUGCAAGAGAGGCUAUAGCUUCUCAAAGCAGCAGGAGCAGGAGCGUUGAUGUCAAUGCAAAACACGGAGAAAAUUGUGAUAUUUGUCAUGAGGAAACCAAUGAAGAACGCAUGUUCUUUACAAACAAAUGCCUUCACCGUCAUUGUUUUUCUUGUGUGAAAAAGCAUGUGGAAGUGAAGCUGCUUAGCGGAAUUGUGCCCACAUGUCUUGACUAUGGAUGCAAGUCUGAGCUCACUCUUGAAAUCUGUAGCAAGGUUUUAACAUCUAAGCUGAUUGAGAUGUGGAAAAAAAAGAUGAAAGAGGAUUCGAUUCCGGCUGCAGAGAGAAUCUAUUGCCCAUAUCCAAGCUGCUCAAUGCUGAUGUCCAGAACCGAGCUUUCUAGUGAAGCUGAGCAAUCCAAUGUUAAGUCAUGUGUCAAAUGUUGUGGACUCUUCUGCAUUGAUUGCAAAGUACCAUCGCAUACUGAUUUAUCUUGUGCUGAUUACAAGAAACUUAACCCUGACCCUUUAGUUGAUGACUUGAAGCUAAAGUCUCUGGCAAACGAAAAUUUAUGGCGUCAAUGUGUCAAGUGUAGGCACUUGAUUGAACUUUCUUAUGGCUGCAACCACAUGAAUUGCAGAUGUGGAUAUGAGUUUUGUUACCAAUGUGGGAUUGAAUGGAAGAAGGACCAAAAUACUUGCCCUUCUGGUUGCCGAGGUAUUGGCAAUGGUGAUGAUGAUGAUGAUGAUGAUGAUAAUGAUGAUGAUAAUGAUGAUGAUGAUGAUGAUGAUGAUCAUGAUGAUGAUGAUGAUUAUGAAAAGGGUAUGGGUAAUUACUAUUUCGAUGAAGAUGGUGUUCGUUGGCGUAACUAUGAAGAGUUUCUUGAUAACGAAAUCCAACCACGCGACUCUGAUGGAUGGAUGAUUAUUGAAUUUCCUUCUCCUGAGCAGUUUUUUAUUGAAGAAGGCAAUGGUGAUAGAAAUUAA